AGAGUGCAAAAACCAUCCGCCUUCAUCAUAUAAAAAGAAUUUACAUUUACGCGCUCCUACCUUCAGUUUUUGUACUUUACGUGAUUGGGCUUAUGGGGCAUAGACCCAUACCGGGCAAUAUUCUCAGUUGGAUGGUGGCCACAAUCUUUUAUAGCUCACAAGCUUUUUCGACCUUUGUCAUUGUCGCGGAAGGCAUUUGGCGACAGCAGGAACAUGAGGAAUUCCUCAGGCUACUGCAAGAGAUAGAGCUAUCGCUGAAAUUACGUCUCAACCAAGAUGUUAAUCUGGAUUGGUGUGAUCGAAAAGUGCGCUUCCUUUUAAAUUAUCUACUAUGGAUGUCGCUCAUCUGCUACUACCUGGUUUUUUACUAUUCACCUACGUUGGAAUAUAAUGCUUAUUUCUGGAGUAUUCUUUGGUUUGUUUUCACAAUGCGUUUUCGCUUGAUCCAACUGUUGUUGUAUGUGCGUGUACUGCAGCAUUAUAUGGAGUGUCUCUGUAUGAAAGUGCGUCAAAUUGUAGAGCUUCGUGUGGCACCGAGUCGUCAACUUAUGGACGUUAACUACGAGAAACUGCAAUCACUGGAAUACUUGCAGGCCAUCAAAGAAAUAUAUGCCCUACUCUUCAGAGAAUUCCAGCUGCUUAAUGACUUCGCGGGUUGGUCGCUAUUCGGCCUUAUAACUAACUACGCGUUUGACUUCGGCUUUACGGCGUAUUGUAUAAUCAUCACCUUUGAGGGCUGCGUAAAACAUCGUAAACAUUAUUUCACCCUCCUUUGGUGGGUUUUAACCACGUCAGUUGUUGUUUGCCAUAUUUGCUUGCUGUGCGAUAAAUGCAAGAAACUGGAACACACCCUAGCAGCGUUGAUGAGCAAAAUAAUCAUAAGCAGCUCUUCAAAGUCAUUGCGACAAUAUCGUCUUUUAGUUCAUCAAUUCUCGACACAACUACAGUUGCAGCCCAUUGAGGUGACAGCUAAGCACUUUUUCACGCUGGACUUGCGCUUAAUUACAUGGCUGACUCUUUCCACAAUAACCUAUUUGGUGAUACUCAUAGAGUUCUUAAGUUUAUAGAACAUAUUUGUGUACUUGCUCACGUGUAUUUGUUAUAUACUUCUUUAUUAAGCUGAAUAAAGGAUACUAUUUAGUGAGCCCGUAUGGCGUUAAAACCC